AGAAGGAAGGGCGCGGCCUGGUUUCUUGUUUUCUUCCUGCAUCAAUCUGCCACAAUCAGACGCCUCAGGAAAAUAUUACACACGCGAGCUCAAAGGACUAGUACUCUCCACAAGGCAAGAUCGUGCUCCUCCUAUACCAUCACUAGCUUCAUGCAUGAAUUAAAUUCAAGCGUUUGUUCUUGCAAACUCCGUCGUAAAAUCAAGCAAGAUUCCUCAGCUCGUUGCAUGCACGCCACUCCCCCGUCCUCCCCUGCUCCAGCCACUGCCUGUUCUGAAGAGUUUCAUGCCAUUUUCUUGUAUUGUCAUAUUUUUAAAACAACUUUAGUUACAUAAUUAUAAUUAUUAAUUAUUUAAUUAUUCAUUUCAAGGAAUAUUUGAUUUAAUCAUUGGUAGACGCACAAACCAAUACCCCUCCACCACAAAUUAUGGCGUCCACCCUCCUACUUGAGGAGAUGGUAGGCAAGAGCUCCUCCCAAGUGCAAUGGAGGCCGCUUACCCCGUCCAGGUUUUCAGCAUGAUUUAUUCUGUUCGUAGCUUUGAGUUACUGAAGGCAUGUAUUGAAGACAUACUCUCUACAAUAAAACCAGGGGAAGAUGAUCGAAUGAAACGAUUGCGUGCAAUUCAGGAGCUGGAAGAUUCCAUUUACUCAGUUGGGGCCUUGAGAGGUGCUGUUGUCAAACCUUUUGGAUCCUUUAUAUCAAACCUUUAUGCAAAGUCAGGUGAUUUGGAUGUUUCAGUUGAUCUCUGGAGUAGCUCAAGGCCUAUAAGCAAGAAAAAGAAGCAAAAUGCCUUGAGAGAACUGAUGAGAGCUUUACAAAUUAGAGGUGUUGCUAGAUGUAUGGAGUUCAUUCCUAAUGCAAGGGUUCCAAUUUUUCAGUACCUGAGCAACCAAUUUGGCAUUUCCUGUGAUAUAUCGAUUAACAACUACCCUGGUCGAAUUAAAUCCAGAAUUUUCUACUGGAUCAAUACCAUAGAUGAACGCUUUGGUGAUAUGGUUUUAUUGGUCAAGGAAUGGGCCAAAGCUCAAGAUAUUAACGAUCCAAAAAAUGGAACCCUGAACUCAUAUUCUCUGUGCCUACUGGUCAUUUUUUAUUUCCAGACAUGUGAGCCUGCAAUUUUACCACCUCUGAAGGAGAUUUAUGAUGGAAACGUUGCAGAAGAAACAGUGUUUUAUGAUGAGAAACAUGUUGAUGAGGUUUGUAUGGCAAAUAUAGAAAGGUUUCUAUGCCAGAACAUGAGACAACGAAAUCAGAACUCUCUCACACGUCUCCUCGCAUCCUUUUUUCAUAAGUUUUUAGGCAUCCGGCGCUUUUCAAGUAAGGUGAUAUCCACUUACACAGGCCGGAUUGAGCUAAUCCAGGAUAACCCAAGUUGGAUGGCCAAAUCAUACAGCUUGUUUGUUGAAGAUCCAUUCGAGAGACCUGAUAAUGCUGCUAGAGCAGUUGAUGCGGAGGAGCUUGAACGUAUUGAGCUUGCCUUCAAUCAUACGAGCAGUAGGUUUGUUGAUGGCGCACUCGAAGACUGGGAUGAAUUAGUGUCGCUGCUGUGUACACCUGCUGUUGGAUCUAUUCUUCAGGGAGUCAGGGCCAACCGCUGCACAAAUACUCUCUCCAGUCGUCAGCUGUAUUCGGCAGCUAAUCAAUAUGACAAUCAACGUCACCAGCAAGCCAGAGGUUCUGCGGGAAGCAGAUCAAGAUCACAGUUACAGGUCUAUACUACAGGACACCAGACGGCACGGCCAGACCACUAUCAUAAACAACCACAGGCCUAUAACGCAGAGGGCAUGACAGCAGGACAAUAUCAGAAUGUCUAUCGUCCAGAGGCUUAUACUGCAGGGCUUCAAACAGCAGUGCCAUUCCAGUACAGUGAUUAUACACGGUCGCACGCGGCAGGGAGCCGAACGGUAGGCCGAUACCAGAAUCAGCAGAGAAGGGAGUACUCGCCAUGCCAGCAUUCUGGCACUACAAGGUAUGAGCCUGCUGGUGGACGUCAGUUCCAUGAUGCUCCAUCACGGAACUAUGGGCAUCAAGCCUCCUCGAGCAAUACAGCAUGGCAACGGUAGCAGCCAUUCUGUCAAGGCGGCGGCUGCAUCAACUGACUGACGAAUAGAGUAUCCCUGGAUAGCAGCAGUUUAUGUUCAGCUUUUGCGUGACGAAAUGCAUCUAUUUAUGAUAUUAACGUAGCUUUUGCCUGACUAUGCAUCAAUUUAUGGAAGCUUGGCUCAUGUGGUAAUGAUGCUGAUAUGUUCAUUUGGACCUAUAGUCCUUAUUCCUGUAAGCCUGUAGCUUGAUGUCUUCAGUUAGUGUAAUAUGCAGAAUAUGGCUGUAAGUUAAGUAGUUAACCGACAAGCUGCAGUUUCAUUACUCGAGUAUGUGGCUGUUUUAAAAAACCUUGCCAGAAAUCUUGCAUUAACAUUUUGUCAA